AUGGAUUCCAUGUUAAAUUCAAAAGUUUUUUAUGGUUUAAAAUCUGAAGAAUCUAAUAAAAAUAAUAAUAACAAUAACUAUAUUAAUAAUAAUUACUAUGGUAAUAAUAACAAUAAUAACAAUAAUAAUGUAAAUAACAAUAAUAAUAAAAUUAAAAAACAACAAAAUAGUGAAAAUGAUAGAAUUAUUGGGUUAGAUAAAUUUAUUCAAGAUUUUGAUAUGUUUGAUAUUAAUACUGGUAAAGUUAUAUCAUGCGAUCAUUCACCACCAAAGUUUGAACCUUCAUUACGUUGGAAUACUGGUAUAAACUAUGAAAUGGAACAACAUCAACAACAAAUUCAUAAAUCAAUUAAUAAUAUUGAAACUUUAAUAGAAGAAUCUGAAAAACUUCAACAAUGGAAUCUUUAUCAACAACAACAACAGCAACAACAACAACAACAACAACAACAACAACAAAAAUUACAAUCACCAUCACAACAAUCACAAAUUCAACAAAACAAUUUAUUAUUACAACAACAACAAAUUCAAUUACAAAAACUACAACAAGAACAAAAACAAUUAGAAUUAUUAAGAUUACAAGAACAACAACUAACCGAAAAGCAACAACAAUUAAUUCAAAAAGAUAAAGAAAGAAGACAAAAAGAAAUAUUAUUACAACAACAACAACAACAACAACAGCAACAACAACAAAAAGAAGAGAAUGAAUCAUUUGAAAAACAACAAAUCAAAUUUGAAAAUCAAUUAAAAGUUGAAAGAAAAGAAAGAGAGGAUAAAGAAAGAGAGGAUAGAGAAAGAAAAGAAAAAGAAGAGGAAGAGAAAGAGAAAGAGAAAGAAAAAGAGAAAUUAUCUACAAUUGUUGAAUGUAAAGAUAUGAGUACAACAGCUAAAAUCAAUCAAUUACAACAUUAUGUUAAUGAAAGAUUUGAAAUAUCAUGUAUUAAAUUCUAUACGUUAAUGAUUGAUAGUGAUUUUUGGGCAUAUGUUAGUAAAGAGUGUGGAUUUUUAGAUAUGAAAGAAAGUGAAUGGGUUACAUCAGAGAGUUGUUGUCAUCAAGAGAGAACUUUAAAUUUCAAAACUCCAAUCUCUUUUAAAAUCGGUCCAAAAGUUGCCACUGUUCAACAAACUCAAAAGAUUAGGAGAACUCCAACCAAUGGCUAUGUAAUGGAGACUAGUUCCCUCUCAAAGGAUGUACCCUAUGGUGAUAGUUUUUCAGUGGAAAACUAUCUCACACUCGAACCUUGUCCAGAGUCACCACAAGAUUCUUGUAUCUUAAAAGUUUCAACUGCUGUUAAAUUCAUCAAAUCAAUUUGGGGUCUUGGUGGUUUAAUUGAAAAAACUGUCACUCAAUCAAAUAAAGAAUUCUUUGCUUGUUGGAUUAACUUUGCAAAGAAAAGAAUAUCUGAUCAAGCUUCAAUACCUGAAACUUUAACUUCUGUUGUAACUUUAAUUACAACUUCAACAAUGAUUCCACCACCACAACAAGAAAAACAACAACAACAACAACAAUCAUCGCCAAUAAUUUGUAAUAAUAAUAAUAAUGAAAUUCAAAAUGUAAAUAAUAUUGUAAAUAAUAAUAAUAAUAAUAAUAUACAAGCAAAGACACCACAAUUAAAAUCACCAAUUUUAUCACAACCACAACAAGAUAAUAUUAAAAAUAAUAAUAAUAAUAAUAAUAAUAAUAAUAAUAAUAAUAAUAAUAAUAAUAAUAAUAAUAAUAAUAAUAAUAAUAAUAAUAAUAAUAAUAAUAAUAAUAAUAAUAUACAAGGAAGUAUAUCAACAUUACAAUAUGAAGAAAUUAAAAAGAUAUUUUAUAAAUUAUAUAAAGAAAUGAAUGAAGAGAAAGAGGAACAAAAAGUUGUUAAAAUAUUUUCAGUUAAAAAGAGUCAACACCUUUGUAAUUUAACAGUAUCUUCAAAACAAACAUUAUCUUAUUUAGCACAGUUUUUAAUACCACAAAUGUUUCCACAAUUGGGUAGAGGUCAACAUUUUGAAUUAUAUUGGAUAGAUAAAAGAAAUGAAUAUUGUCAAGUAUUUUACAAAGAUUUGGACCAACUCAUAUUCUCAUUUAUUUGUAAUUUAGAUGUAUUUGGUAUUCAAACAUUAACUGAACAACAAGCCUCUACAAAAUUAUUAACUUUUGUCAUUUCAAAAUCUGGUGAAAAUGCAAAUAUUUGUUAUAAUUCAAAUAUUGAUAAUUCUUUUUAA